GUUGAAGUGCACAUUGAACGCCGCUACGUGAGGUAUGCACGUUUCCUCGCCCUCCUCACAAGUUGCUUGACGCAUUCGGUUGAAGUUGGAGUCGCGCGCUUAGGUGGGAGGGCCAUCUCGGCCUCUGGAGAUUGUAUCAUGUCCAAGAACAAGCACCAGGUCGACAACGGCAUUGUCGCCGUCAAGAGCAAGUUUGAUGCCGACAUCAUCAGGUUUUCUAUUAAUCGUGACGAGCCUAUGAGUUAUGAGGAUUUUGGCAAGUUAUUGGCACAGCGACAUGACAUCGGGCCCGAUCUCAACUUUUUUAUUUGGUAUACGGAUCCUACAGAUGGAGAUCUGCUGCCUAUUAAUAAUGAUAACAAUCUGGCUAGGGCUUUGCUGGCUAGCAAACCAUUGCUCAGAAUUUUUAUUCAGAGGAAAGGUGACAGAUUAGAGGAUAUCAACGGAUACGGUACAAUGAAAACCAAAAAUUUGAUAUCUAGUAUUUUGGGUAGUACACCAGGCAAGCCAAAGCCAUUAGCUAUCUCUAAUCCACAUGAUUUUAGGCAGGUGUCUGCAAUCAUUGACGUCGAUAUACUGCCAGAAACUUGUCGGCGUGUACGUCUUUUAAAACAUGGCUCAGACAAACCCUUGGGAUUUUACAUCAAGGAUGGUGAAAGUUUUCGUAUAUUGCCACCAUCUGCUGGUGGUGGAAUCGAGAAGGUACCGGGUGUAUUUAUUAGCAGACUGGUACCAGGUGGCUUGGCAGAAAGCACAGGUCUUUUAGCAGUCAAUGAUGAAGUUUUAGAAGUGAAUGGUAUUGAAGUUGCUGGGAAAACACUCGAUCAGGUGACGGAUAUGAUGAUAGCAAAUUCGUCCAAUCUCAUCAUAACCGUCAAACCGGCGAAUCAGAGAGCGGCAUUGGCCGCACCUCGUCGCGGCUCAUUUUCACGUAACAGCCAAUUAUCGUCCGGGAGCCGUCAAUCUACACAAAGCGCCGGCAGUGACGAGGAGGCAGACGAGAUCGUUGAUUUGACGGGUUUGACGAUGCAGGACGACGCCUCUGCGUCGUCGGGCACUCAACAUCAUCACUAUCAUCAUCAUCAUCAUCAUCAUCACCAAAAUCACUUCAGCCACGAUCAAGGUGUGCUGCAUCUCUAAGACGACGACGAUGACGAUAAUGACGACGAUGAUUGGUCGUACCGAAUUAAGUGCUCAAUUUAACCCUUUCGCUGCGGCGCGCUUUCAUCGAAAACCGUCCAUUGGGUGUGCUGAGCGAUAUUGGCGUUUAAAAAUUUUUACGUACUAAUGUAUGCAGAUUCUACACCAACGCAUAUAUAAAGUUUUUCAAGUUGUAUGUAAACGCUUUGCUGUCUGCAAAUGAGAGGCUACUUUUUGAGGGCGUGUAUACACGGCUUCCUCAGCGCAAGGGUUAAUAACGUCCGCUGUAUUUGCUCGUAAGAGAGAGAGGGGGAGAGAGAGAGAGACGGGGAGAAAGAGAGAGAGAGAGAGGUUAUUUACUUAAUAUACAUAAGAUAUCGAUGUAUGUAUAAUAUACAUCGCAUAUAUAAGAUAUCGAUGACAAUAUAGCAAGACUAUUGAUCGUUGGUUAUAUUUACGCGUUCACCUGAUAGAGGUUUCUCUUUCGGCUCAUGAAGACAAAUUGUCGUCAAAUGUUACUUACUCUUUCUCUUUCCGCUUCUUUCUGUUUUUUUCUCGACACAACUAGUCGCAAUUUCUCUCAUAAUACUGUCUUUCAGAAAAGGUCUUUUUUUCUUUUUUCUUCCCGACACUUCUAUCUUUUUCUCGGUGUAUUUCUCCUUUCGUUUUUUUUGCGCUGUGUUAAUACCUCGAUACUUUGUAAAUAGAUAAUAUCCAUUUGCGUUCUCGCAGAUACAAGAGAUAUCGUGCUUUCGCACGCAGAACACUCGUUCGAAUCGACGUGGAAGCCAUAGAGUAACGUAAUUCGCAUUCCAAGCUAUUGAUUUAUAAACUCGAAGACGUACUUUACAUUCACGUGCGUGAUCAACGAACUCCUCACUUUUUCACUAUCGCUUUCUCCAUUUUUCCUCCUUACGACAAUCGGCUUGCCAAAUAACUUGAUGAUUCUCCAAGAUUAACGCGAUUAUUGUUGUAUAUUGUAUCGAAUUAAAUGCUCAAUUCAAUCCUUUCGCUGUGCCGCACUUUCAUCGAAAAUCAUUCAAUGUGCGCUGAGCGAUAUUCGCGUCUCGGUCUAUGGAACAUGCUAUCGGAAUCAGAAUCACGCAUGCGGCUAGUCUAUAUAUUCCACACACGAGAAAUAACCUACCUGAAAAUUUAUUUACAAAUCUACAAUUAUGUUAGAUUGAAUUCAAGCAGGAUUAAGCUUAAACUGUAUGUCAUAACAAAUUUUACACAUACACACACACACACAUGACAAUAAUUACGUUAAUCUUAGAAAAUCAUCAAGUUAUAUGGCAAGUUAACGUAAGAAGAUUAACGUAAGAAGAAGGGAGAAAUGGAGAGACAGCGAGGAAUUAACGUAAGGAGGAAGAAAUGGAAAAAGAGUGAAAAAGAGAGGAGUUCGUUGGUCACGUAAAUACAAAGUACAUCCUCGAGUUUAUAAAUCAAUGGCUUGGAAUGCGAGUUGCGUUAUUCUAUGACUUCGAUGUUAAUUCGAACGAGUGCUCCACGUAUGAAGAUACGAUAUCUCUUGUAUCUGUGAGAAUGAAAAUAGAUCCUUGCUUAGAACAAUGGAUUACACAAUAAUAACAUUCUUUCCGACUCGUAUACAAAUGGUAAAUAUAUUGUAUUUUCACAUUUUCAAAAAGAAAACGGCUCUUUUUCUUUUUAUAAUAUAUAACACAUGAUCUGUUACGUGAGGUGCCGAAUGUUCGAGCGGAUGAAAAUGAAUUGUGUGUUCCCGCGCUCUUUUUACCAUUGUUGAAUUUACCAUUGACAUUUGCGCGCAAAACCGAUGGAAUUCCAUCUCGAACAAAACAAAACAUCUUCCCUCGCGGAUUCGUCUACUAUGUAUUUUAUCUAGAACAAAAGGGGUGUAAACGGGGACAGGGGUUAAGUGCCAAAAUAGAUCCUCGUCUGGAGCACACACACAUACACCUUUCUCUUUCUUCUUCUAAUAUGUAUAUGUCCUUUCAAAUUGUCUAGAAAACUUACAAAGUAUCGAGAUUUAUGCACAGAAAAAUGAGGGGAAAAGUACGUCGAAAAAAGAUAAAAGUGUCGGAAAGAGAAAAGGAAAAAAGACAAUUUCUGAACAAUAUUAUGAGAGAAAUUGCGGUUGGUUGUAUCGAGAAAAAGAUAAAAAGAGACAGAAAGAGAAAGACUGAACGGCAUUUGACGGCGAUUUGUCUCUAUAAACCGAAGGAGAAGCCUCUCAGAUAUACGCGUAAAUGUAAACAACGAUCGAUAGCCUCGCGAGAGGUAAUACCCGGUGCAAACAUUCUUGAUAGUUUGAUAGGGAACGAUGCGAAAGCGCCUUCGAGAGGAAGUGGCCUUACCGCGGUAUAUAUCUCUCUGUCGCAUUCCAGUUGCGCGUCCUUUGAAAACGAUAUAAAGAAAAGAGAAGAAAAAGAAAGAAAACGAAGUAUUCCCGUUGCGUAAGCGCAUUCAUACACGCCUAUUCGUGUAUCGACUCCGUCUACUCCAUCGCGUGUUUACACAGUGUUAAAGUUUUCGAAUUUUAAUUUCAUUUCUAUCUGUGUUAUAUAUAUCUGUUGACCGAUCGCGAAUCGAGGAUCGAGGAGACGAGGUGAGGCGUUUCAAGGCGGUAAAUAACGACGAAUCCGCACGUGUAGUAAAGUAUCGCUCUUAAUACACAUUGUGCCUUCGUCCGAAUGGUAUUAAUACGUUAGAUGUAGUAUUACAUUCCGAUUGUAUAUUUUACACACCGUCGCAGAGGAAGCAAGAAGCGAGAUGGCGUGUUUCCCUAAGAAAUCUAUACUGCCUCGAUAUGGUUACGCGCGAGUUUGUUUUCGACAUGUUCGCUCGAUCCUACUUUUUCUACGCAAGCCUAUUUUUCUACACGAUUCGGAGGGACAUGUACAUAUUAGAAGGAGAGAGAGAGAAAGAGAGAGAUAUAUAUAUAUAUAUGUAAACAUAUACUCUAUAAAUAAUGUAACUAUAUACAAUUUCUAUAUCUAGUUUAUUCUUUUUGCUGAAACGCGAAAUGUAUUACAUACGUGGACUUCCAUAGUGAACGAUGUCGUCUCGACGGAUCGUUCCGUAGCCAAAUUCUCGCGUUAAUUUUCGUUAUUUUAUUAAUUUUCGUCCGCUUUGCAAACCACCGAGAUACGUAUGUAUUUCCAGCUCGAUUUUCACCCGCUCGAACAUUCGGCGCUUAUGCCUCUCAUAGCAGAUCAUGUAUUAUUUAAAAGGAAAAAGAAAGUGACGUUUUCUCUCUUUGAAAAUGAUGCGAUAUAUUUAUCGUAUGUGUACGAUUCAGAGAGAGAGAGAGAGAGAGAGAGAGAGAGAGAGAGAGAGAGAGAGAGAGAGAAAGAAAGAGUGUUUCAGUGAGAGAAUAAGGAUCCAGCGUAAUAUCGUAUAAGAUGAUCAUGUUAGCUUUAUUAUUGCGUACUUUAUUGCUUUAGACGAGGAUCUAUUUUUGUACUUAACCCCUGUCCCCGCUCCCUGUUCCCGUCUACACCUCCUUUGCUCCAGAUAGAAUAUAAAUUAGACAAAUCCGCGAGGGAAGUUGUCUUGUUUUGUUCGAGAUGUGGAAGCGACUGUCGGCUUCUAUCGGUUUUGCAUGCAGACGUCAACGGUAAACUAGAGAGCCCUCGCGGG